ACGCCACGUGGCGUGUAAGCAACUUUCAAAGCUCAUCUCCUUCACUCAGUGCCACAAACAUUUCUCUCUGUCUCUCUCUCUCUCUCGCGCCCUCACACUGUCUCUUGAUAUGGUUGGACCUUAAACCAACCAGAAGAUGGCCAUCUCUCUUAAUUCAAUCGUCGGCUUCAGCGCUCCGCACGUGUCAAGAUCUUCUAUUAGAGCUGCUGCACAAAGGCUCCAGUUCACUUCCCCCUUGAGCAUAAAGAAAAGAAGAUUGGGCUUGUGUCUUUCAGUUGCAGAUGGAGAUCGUCUUGCCACUGAAACUAGUAAAGAGGGUUCUGGAGAUUCUGAAAGAUCCUUUUCUAAUAAUCAAGUUUCGGCUGUGAAUACCUCGUCUUUGGAUUCUCCUGGGGUGAAUAGCACACUCAAAUCCAGUGUCGAUGAUUCUGGGCCUCAAGCCUCUGAGGCUGCUAAUGGUUCAGUGGUAUCUUCAGAUCCAAAGCUGGAUGGAUCAUCAUCUCCUACCGUGCAAUCUGCGCCAAAAAGAUCACCACUAACAGCAAGGGAGAGACUAAGGGCAGCCCGGGUUCUUAGCCGUUACAAUGAAACAAAGGCUUCUAAAUCAGUAAUGGGCAGUAAGGUAUUAGAUGCUUUGAAGGAAAGUGAUCGGGGAAAGAAAAAGAAAAGAUCAGGCCUUCCUGAGGCCCCUACAAAUUUGCUCGAUGACAGCAAGAGAGGGAUGCCGAAAUCGGGCCUGACUUUUGAGUUUCCAGGGGGCGCAGAUCUCUUUAUUAUUGCCUUCUCAUUCGUUUUUAUCAGCACAGUAAUGUUUGCAACAACAUACAUUGUUUGGAAAGUUGGUGCCAUCCAUUUCAAUGAGUACUAAGGUGGAGGGUAGUAGGAUUUUGCAUUUUUUGGAAGAUCGGAAUCCAAUUUUAGUUUCAGGUGAUUUAGAUAUUCAUCUUUCGCAUGGCUAGAAUCUCUUUUAGACAAGAUAUACACGAUGUACAAAGAAUUACUUGGCCAAUAUUUAUAUGUCAGUGUUCAGCUUUUUUCUGAUUGCUA